CGCAGUCGCCGAGCUUAUGGAUUUUCUGUGAGUGGUGGUAUGGAGCUACAGUUCAAAUAAAGAUAGACAAGUGGCUUAGAAGAGUAAAAUCGCAGCAAAAAACAGUAGCGAGAAAUAGUAUUUUAGUGAUUAUAAGCAAUAUUAUCUGAAAAAUAAUUAUUAAUAUAAAUAUGAAAGUGAAAGUUUGGGCUCAAAAAUUAAUAUUCAGUGGAAUAAAAUUAUAGAAAAAUAUAUUUAAACCAUUGGUAUAUAGUAUAUUUAAGUAUUUGCACAUUGCCUCGAGCGCGUAAAUAUUGAAAAUAUGCAGAUAAUUACUGUGAAAUUACGAACUGCACUUGAUUGUUUGGAAAUACGAUCUAUAUUGGUCAUUUUUGCGACAAACAUCAGUACCCGAUGAACAAAUGAACAAUGAAGAUAUCUGUAUUGAGUUUUAUAAAAAUUUCGAGGACCAUACAAACAGCAGAAAUCAACAAAUAAGAAUUUAUGUAAAAAAAAAAAGAUUUAUGAAAUGGGCUUAUCUCGAUUAUCCGUGAAAAAAUGUUUUAUAUAUAUAUUUUGUGCAACUGGAAUAUUGUUGGUGACGAUCAAUAUUCGUCAAAAAGAAUUCUGGCACGUCGUUAAAAUUGAUCAACAAGUUCAACCAAUUCAAAAUGUUCCAGACAUUGAUAAGGUCAAUAUUACUACUGAAACAACAACUUUUGUAGAAAAUAGAAUUGAUCGAGGAGAAUCAAUAAAACGGCCAUGGUAUAUGAAAGGUGGAACGAUACGACCUUUUCCAGCAGUAAAAUCAAAGAAAACUGGUCGAAGGAUAGCGAAUUUAUGGCCAGAUGAGGAUAGUCAUGGAGAUCGAAUAACUAAUCAGUUAAUGUUCAUUCCACCAGAUUACAAUAUGAUUAUCAAACAUCGUCGACCACCAAAAAAAAUUAUGAUUCCACAUGGAAUGAGCGAGGCUAAAGUGGGUAGUGAUAUAUUUACAUGGCUUGGUUGUCCUGUUAAUAAUUGCGUCAUAACGCGUGAUAACCCGGAUGUUGCGGAUUUGAUACUUUUCAAGGACUAUAUUACUCAGAUAGCACGUAAAGCUAACCAAAUUUGGAUGUUGUAUUUUCUUGAAUGUCCUUACCAUACUCAAACAGUAAAAAAUUCUUUAAUCAAUUGGACUGCUACAUAUCGUUAUGACAGUGAUAUUGUAGCACCUUAUGAAAAAUGGCAAUAUUAUGACCCAAAAAUCACUCAAAUACCUCAAACUUUCAACUAUGCUGCAAACAAAACAAAAAAAGUUGCUUGGUUCGUGUCUAAUUGUCAUCCUCGAAAUCAAAGAAUGCAAUAUGCUAAAGAACUGGCUAAAUACAUUCAAGUAGAUAUUUACGGAGCUUGUGGUAGUUUACGUUGUUCUCGUUCACAAGCUCAAACAUGUUUCGAAAUGUUAGAUGCAGAUUAUAAAUUUUACCUAGCAUUUGAAAAUUCAAAUUGUCGAGAUUACAUUACUGAAAAAUUUUUUGUUAACGGUUUAGGGCAUAACGUUUUACCAAUUGUUAUGGGUGCACAUCCAAUUGAUUAUGCAAAAAGUGCUCCUUAUCGAUCGUACAUUCACGUCGAUGAGUUUGAAUCACCGCGUGAACUUGCCGACUAUCUUCAUCGACUGGAUCAAGAUGAUACAUUGUAUAACUCAUACUUUAAUUGGAAAGGAACUGGAGAAUUUAUAAACACAUUUUUUUGGUGUCGAGUAUGUGCAAUGUUGCAUGAUGUUCGUCCACCAAAAUACUACGAUGAUGUAAAUGAUUGGUGGCGAAAUGAUAACAUUUGUACUGCCAAUUCAUGGAGAAAACAUCUUGAUACUUCAAAGUUGAAACAUUAAUAUAUGCGGCAACGAAUAGAAUUAUCAGUUAUUCAUCAUUUUUUUCAUUGUAAUAGCUAAAUGAAAUAUAUUUUGUCUUUAUCAAAUAAUAAGUUAAUGAUAGAACGACAUGUAUGACACAUGUAACUGUUAGGGAGAUUUAUUAAUGGAUUUUUAUGGAAAAAAUAAAUUACCACCUUUACCUUUGAUUAUUUUACAAAAAA